UAUUGUUAUUAAUAUAGGUUACAAUGAUGAAGUUUUUAAGUACUUAUUUUAGGACCCCGUGGUCCUUCGAAGGCGGGUAAACGGGACGAAUUUGAAUUUCACUACCAGAACAGGGAGCCGCCUGUUUUCUGGGAGAGGACGCUGUCAUGGUGUCGCUGGAUAAGGGACUGCAGCACUUGGAGGAGACCGGGGAGGAUCUGGUGAGCAUCGUCGAGAGCAGCAAUGCCGAGAGCAUCGCGCGGGCCGUGGUCGAGAAGCGCCAGCAACUCUUCGACCUCCUCAUCACCACCAGGAAAACCACCUCCCAGCUUUUAAAUGAUAUGAUUCGGACUGAGGAGCUGGUCGGGCAGAAUCUCCUGGACACGGAGGUUCGGAAGAGCGAGGCGGCGCGCGAGCUGGAGAGCCUGCAGCAGGAGCUGGAGCGCUGUCGGGCCCGCAAGCACACUAUGGAGGCCGAGCUGCAAUUUCUGCAGGGGGAGCUGAAGAGCUUGCAGAACUCAGAGGUGGAGAUCGAGACCCUGCAGCAGGAGGUGGAUGAAGAUACCACAGAGGUCAUACCUUCAGCCAUAUACCUGGCUCAGCUGUACCACAAGGUGACCAAGAUAAAGUGGGAGUAUGGCACUGAGCCCGGCAUUCUCAAAGGAGUGCACUAUGGCGAUGACCUCGCCACUCCCAUCAAUAUCGACACCACCAGCCAAUCAAAAGUUGCCAUCAGCAGCUACCUCUGGAGUUUUGUCAGUGCAGAGUGGUAAAGGCACAACGGCUCCUUUCACUUUGUAACUGUUUCUGUUUUGUCCUUUUCUGUUCUUUUCACCUAAAUAAACCUAUUUAUGAAUUAC